CAUAAUGAAAAGGUUGGAGUCGAUGAAUACUAUGACAUCGUCGAUCUGGUGGGGCUUCGGAUUCUAUUGGAUUGUCAUGGGUGGCCAUGCACUUCUACAAGAUUCUCCCCGGCUUUACUGGUUAACCGUGGUCUUUCUAGCCUUUGACUUGUUCUUUAUUCUCUUUUGUAUUGGGAUGGCAUGUGUUGUUUUCUUCUCUCUUUGUUGCUGCAUUCCAAUUGUAGCAUUUGCAUAUGCCAUGACUGCCAGAGAAGGUGCCUCAGAAGAGGAUAUCAGGACUCUUCCCAAGUAUACAUUUCGUCAGGCUCCGGUACUUGGGACUUUUGACCGUGCCAAAGAACGAGAACUUGUCGGGGCAAAAUUGGAGUUAGAUACCAACCACCGCAUCAAAGAACUUGCUCUUCAUCCAGAGGAUUCGGAAUGUUGCAUUUGCCUUUCGCGAUACGAAGAUGGGACUGAGCUCUACACUCUUCCCUGUAACCACCAUUUUCAUUGUGGGUGCAUCAGCAAAUGGCUUCGGAUAAAUGCAACCUGCCCGCUCUGCAAGUCUAACAUCCGUCGGGGCGAUACAUUGGUUUGAGCAUUGCAAACCCAGCUGAGAAUCUGAAAGUUGGCAUAUUUCAAUUUCAGGUCAGAUGCUUUGUAGAUCUCUGCCAACUAAUGGUUUUUAGGAACAGAGAGGGUGGGGAAUAGGAUUUUAGCUGACUCCAACCUCUGGAGAAGAUGUUUAGUUUUCUCAAACCCCAUCUGUGGACAGAAGUUAAUCCUUUUUUUAUUUUUUUACUUCACUUUUAACAGGUGUGGGCUUUGAUUAUAUGUAUGUAAAUUGAUAGGAAAAGGUCAUGUGCCUCUAAUUUAAUCUGCUCUGUGUAAAAUUUUCUUGCUUCUCAA